AUGGCUCCGGCCGGGGCGGCCUUGGGCCCGAGACCCACAGACACACUUGGACGCUCCCCCGAGGCCGUUGGCCAAUCUGCGCCGCGGCCUGCGCAGCGCCGGACACCCAGCGGCACGGCACGGCCAUGGCCAACAGCAGCAACGCCUCGGCGCCCUCCUACGGCUACGAGUACUACCUGGACUACCUGGACCUCCUGCCCGUGGACGAGAAGCAGCUGGGAGCCCACAAGUACUCGGUGGUGAUCGCCUUCUGGGCGAGCCUGGCCGCCUUCGUGGUGCUCCUCUUCCUCGUCCUGCUCUCCAUGUCCCGCCCGGCUCCCGCGGCCAGGAGCCACGCCCCGCACCGCCCUGCGUGCCCCUGGAGCCUCCACGUCAGCCUCCCCUUCUGCAUCCGGAGACACCCGCUGCUCCACAGCGCCCCCCAGGGGGCCCCGCCCAGCUCAGCCAGGGAGCCAGGCAGCGGGGCAUCCGGGCUCUCCGCCUCGCCCCCCACCACCCCCCAGGCCCACCCUGCUCUCCUGUGGGAACAGGCCCUGGAUGGGGACCCCCACGGCAUCAGCUGAUGUCGGCCACACCCCAGCCGGCCUCCCACUGGAGACGGCUCUGCACCAGCGAGCGACGGCCACCCCGAGGGACUCAAACCGGACCGUGCCUCCCGAAAGCAGGAGCGCAGCCCGCCAAGGACGACCACAAGGAGCGCCGACGUGGGCGUGUGACCCGCACGGGUCCCGCCGCACCAGCCGCCUGGCGGGAGCACCCCACAUGGCAGCCGCUCACUCACUCCUGUGCUCACUUGGGAAGCGUAGGAACAGAACACACAGAAAUAAAGAUUAAA